GACAGGUAUCACAAGAUGGUCAUCUGUCGGUAGGGCUUUGAUGGCAUCCCCCUGCCUGGCAGAAAAGGGCUGGACUGGAUGACCCCCUUGGGGCAAUGGUUCUCAACCUGUGAGUCCUUCUGGUCUCAAAAAUCCUAAGGUGAGCGCUCAAGAAGCUGUCUUGCAUGCUGUUAACAUUGAUGAUACUCAGUUAACAAGAGACUACUGUAUAUCUUAUAAUAAAAAUUGGACUUCCCUUCCCAGUACUUUAACUAACCUUACUUAUACAAGGCUGGAAAUCUUGACACCCAUAUUACUUUGCAGUCAGUCUGAUGUUACCCAUGACAUCCGCCACAAAGCAGUUGUAGUAAUGCGGGGAAACUGCACUUUUCUGGAAAAGGCAGAAAUUGCCCAAAUUCUGGGUGCUGAAAUGCUGCUGAUUGCCAGUGACACUGGUUUGCCGAUUCCUUCUGGCAACAAGACAAACAAUCUCACCAUCCCAAUCGCACUUAUAAGAAAUAAGGAUAUAAUCGAUUUGAAAACGGCACUUGGAAAAAAUAUUAUUGUGGCACUGUACUCGCCACCUAUUCCAAGCUUUGACCCAAGUAUGGUUAUAAUAUUUACAAUUGCCGUGCUGUGUGUGACGUUGGGUGGCUACUGGAGUGGAAUGGCAGAGCUAGAGAAACUAAAGGCGGUCUCAGGCUCUGGAAGCACUGAUUCAUCAAGUAGUGAAGAAAAUGUUACUUUAACCCCUGUGACAGUUGUAAUCUUUGUUGCCAUGUGUUGCGUUAUGCUAGUCUUGAUGUACUUCUUCUACAAAUGGUUAGUAUAUUUCAUCAUUGCAGUUUUCUGCAUUGCAUCCUCAAUGAGCCUAUACAGCUGCCUUUCUGCGUUAGUUAAAAAAAUACCUUACGGACGCUGCAGGUUUCCAUGCUGUAACAAUUUCCUUGAAGUACGGCUCUUUUUUCUUGCUGCAUUUUGCGCAGCUUUCGCUAUUGUUUGGGUUGUGUUUCGGAAUGAAAAUAGCUGGGCUUGGAUUUUGCAAGAUAUCUUGGGAAUUGCUUUCUGCGUGCACUUCAUCAAAACAGUAAAAAUUCCCAACUUCAAGUCGUGUGUGAUUUUCCUAGUCCUCCUCCUUGUAUAUGACGUAUUUUUUGUCUUCAUUACACCGUUUUUCACAAAGAGUGGAGAAAGUAUCAUGGUUGAAGUGGCAGCUGGUCCAUUUGAAAGCAGUGAAAAGAAUGAUGGAAACUUGGUGGAAGGAUCUGCUGAGCGGUCAGCUCCUCAUGAGAAAUUGCCAGUGGCAAUGAAAGUACCUAGGAUGGAAUUCUCAGCAAUGACAUUGUGUUUUUCGCCAUUUUCAUUACUUGGAUUUGGAGAUAUUGUUGUGCCAGGCCUCCUGAUUGCUUAUUGUCACAGGUUUGAUGUUCAUACCAGCUCCCCCUCUGUGUAUUUCUUUUCCUGUGUUAUAGCUUAUUCUGUAGGCAUGUUGAUCACAUUUGUGGGUCUUGUGCUAAUGAAGAGCGCACAACCUGCACUCCUCUAUUUAGUGCCAUGCACACUUAUUACCAGCACGCUAGUGGCUUUGUAUCGCAAAGAGUUGAAAAAGUUCUGGAAUGGCAAUAGCUAUCAGGUGAUGGAUCCCGUAGAUUCUGCUGCUAAUGAAGAAAACCCUACAGAAGCCAGUGAACAACAGCAAGGACAAUAACAUGACAUCUAAAAUAACGGUUAUGAUUUUCUACUCAAUUAAUAGAGACUGGUCUAAAUUUUUAAACUGGAAAAUUUCUUACAGAUUAUUAUGAGAAGAAUUGCCUUUUUUACACUUGCACAUAUAUUUUUGUGAAAAUGUUUACUGUCAAUGCAUAUCAGAAUGCUUUAAAUCCAUAUUUUUUUAAAGUGCCAAACUUAUAUUCAAUAAGCCUGUGCCUUCAGAAGGGUGUUCCCUAUGAGAUGGAUACUACUUCCAAAUUAUUGUGUAUAAGGCUUUCUGACUAAUAUCUUAUUACAGGUGUUUAGCUGCCACAGGGGAUAAAUUAAAUAUAUCGCACAGAUUGUUUGGCUGGCUGUCAAUGCAGAAUUAUGCUUUGGUUGGACCAUAGAUAACCAGGCAAAUAUAAUUAGCCGGUGAUUUUGCAGCAUGAGGUAAGGCUGGAUUACGGUUAACCUGAGAUCAUUUCGUAAUAGCCUCCUAGGCCAGUUCUUCCUGGAUCAACCACAACUGUCUUUUGGGCCAUUUGAUACUUUUUCAAGCCAGUUUAUUUUCUUUCGCUAGUUGCAAUAUCAGUUGAACAAUAACACGGAAUAUAUAAGAAGCGAGAAAAUGGUUUUGUUUUAAACACAAAUGAAUGUCUAAAAGAUAUCCUCACGCCAAGGAUUUCGUAAUUUUUUUUAAUCAUUCAGGGCUAACUAAAUAUGUUCAUUGCCUCUCUUGCAUCAAUAUAGAGGAAUUUAAAAAAAUCUUAGGUGUGAAGGAAUGGAACAUGUAGUUGCCUAUUCCCCCUGCAGAAAUGCAGUUUGGUUUCAAUAAAGGAGUAUCCUGCCACAACAUUUAAUUGUAUAAUACAAAUAAUAAUCUGUGUGUUGAAGAUGUGGUAGUUAUUCCUAUAGAGCUUAAGAUUUUGCCCCUUUUGUGCUAGUUUUUACUUCUGUUUUGCAUUUUUAGCAUUUGAGAAUGCAUUAAAAGGUGACUUUGAAUUUAAAGAAUUUCACAGAUAUCUAUCUGUGACCACAUUUUCAUCACCUUUCCUUUGGAAAGAAUAAUGAAGAAAAAAGCCCAAAGUUUGAGCAGCAGCAUUUUAACACCAAAGAUACUUGGGAUAAUCUGAAAACCACCGCCUUAGACUUGAUUUAGGAGAGCAGCAACCCUACAGGAAAUGUUUCAUCUUCUUUCUUGCAACGGAGGAGGAAAUUGGAAGCUUGUGGUUUUAAACUAACUAGUUUUGCAUGCUGUUUGAACUGCAUUUAUUAGCCAAGAAGUGAAAUGUGAUGUGAUCAUGACUAGUUCUCUCCAUUGUUUCCUCCUAAGUUUGGCUAUCGUUUGAAAUUAGUGUCCAAAGCAUUUGCUGAGAUGUGAAAGAGAAGGAGAGGGGAGGCCAUUGCUCAUUCUAAUUGAUUUUGAUAGUACAAAUUUUCUAGUUUCAUAAUUUAUGGUCCUCCUCUAGGAAGUAUAAAAAUACCCCUCAUUACCCCUGUGCUUUACGGCACUUGAACAUAAUCUGAAGGUUUGUCCAUAUGUUGUGAGAUGGGAGAAAGACCCAGAAAAUAGAAGUUACUCUAAACAUCUGUGUCCCAUGUUGAAUAAAAAGCUGGAUUGUUUAGGUUUCUAAAGAGAAUAGGUUCCCUUCCUCAGACAUCCCCUUCACUCACUGUGUGGACAGUGGGAGGAAAGACUGUCAGUUCCUUCAUUAAGGCAAUAAACUAUAAUAUAAACAUUGAGGUCUUUUCCUGAAGCAGGACAUGAGUAGCCUUGAGUUUUAUACUGAGGGGAAGACCAUAGUUGGAAGGGAUAUGUUUACAGUCUCUUGUAACUGCAAGCACAAUCUACCAAGACUUUCUCCUGUAUACACUCAAUUUAAAUGAGUGGAAGUUUCAUAAAAUUACCUGUGUAACAGUUUUAGUUCACUGAGGCUUUCAAUGUAGAUUGAUGUACUUGUCAAAGGAGAUAUUUUCUCCCGCUCACUGAAACAGAUCAAUAAACUGAAUGCAUUGGAUAUAGCUAAGGCCACUAAAUGAUUUUCAGGUAAGCGAUUCACCCACAAGGUUUACAAGCCUGAGAAACUUGAAGUGAAAACCAUCAAGUGGUUUCAUCCCAUCCCCUAACAGAAGCCUUUUAGAUCAUUCUGCAGUUGGCAUUAACCAAUUAAAACACUGCCAGACUUAGAUCCUUUCUGUAGUUAAAAAGUAAAUAAACCUGAUCAGUGGAGUUACAUCAUGGCUUUGGGAAAGCCUCUUAAACUGCUUUUGAUUCGGGGUGGGAGAGCAAUAUUGUAGCUUAAACCCCGUUUCUUUGGAGUCAUCUGCAGUGAAAUUGAAGAGGAAUUUCCUUUAUCUAUCUUGAGAAAAUUGGAAAUAUAGUGGUCUCUUUUUACAUUACGGUUUUGCUAUAAAGACCUCUUUUUCUAAGCCUCCAGUGGUGUAUUUUGGUAUCUGCUAGUACCGAAAUUUUGGUUUUCUUCCCUUCCCACUCCUGCUAUCACUCUUUGUGGGGCCAUAGACAGACUACAAAAGGUUUCUAAGCUCUGCAGUGUUUUAAAACAUAAGCAGGGAAGGCCUCCAAGAAGUAGAAGGGAUUGCUGGUUUUGCUGGAAGCAAUAGGACUAAGCAGAAAUACCCUACUGGCUCUAUGGCUCAAGAUAUGAUCAACUUCCAGGACUGUCAUAUGCUGUUGUUGAUUCUGUAAUAUUAAAUUAACAGGAUGUGCAUGGAUUAUUAAAAAUAGUAGUUUGGUGGAUAGUUUGGCAAUUGGCUAUUGAAUAGCAUGUCAUUAAUAUAGAGCUGAGUAGAAUUAACCUUGAUGGCUUUUAUGUGUUUGAAAAAUCUAGUUGGCCUUCUCCACUUUAAAAGCCUUAAUAACAAUAACAAUAAUCAAAAUGCAGUCAUGGCCGUGAUUCUGAUAACUACCUUCUUUUUCCACUUGACCUCUGAAAACCUGUAUAUUUGUUUUCUAAGACUGUUAUCAUUUAGAGCAAUAUUUGGUAUUUAAUAAAGACUUUCAUAAUAAUUGAAA